UAUCCAAGUAAUUAUAAAUGGUAAUUAGAUUUGGUACUAUCAAUAUUUGCUAAGAUGAGUUAACAAAUAUUUUGGCAAGUGGCUAUUGCUAAAAUGGCAGAUUAUGAAAAACAAUUUCAAGAAGACCUGGAAAGAGCACAGGCUCUAAGUUUAGAAUCUUUGGCAUUGGAGCAGUUUAAAACUAAAAAGUUACAGGAAUUAAAUAGAUCUGCUACAACCAUCAAUGUUUCCACUAGGCCUAAACUUACAUCAGUUACCCGUGCUGCAUCUAUGAAUGAAACAGAUUCUGGUCAGAUAAGAUAUGAUAGACAGCAAAGUAAAUCAAGACCAAGACCAGGAGUACAAUCCAGUUCCGGCAAUUCACUUCUGGCACCGCCACCAUCAUCGCAACGUAAAAAUAGCACCUCAAAUGAUCCAGAUACUCCAGAUUUAAUUUCGUUCUCUAGUCCACCAGCUACAACAUCUACAUCCAAUGACAUCAUUGAUUUUUGCAAGCAACAAAAUUAUAACCAACAGCUGGUACUAUCCUCUUCAAUGUUACAACAGCAACCAUCCCACUUUAAAUUUUGGCCCCAAAUGGCUAUGACGCCUCCAACACCAACAUUUGCAUCGAACAUCCCACAUCCUCCUCAAGGUCUGAUAUACCCUAACGGAAGUUACUAUCCCCCAAUAAAUAGAGUACAGUAUUCCUUGAAUAAUACAAACAGUCCCGUUGUUCCGCCUACUCCUUGGACUAGUGCGUCCACACCAUCCAGUAUUAACGCGAGAACUCCAAGCUCUGUAGGAUCACAAUUAUCUUCAGCUGCAUCGACACCUAAUUCUGGCAUCAGUACACCCGUCCAACAGCAUAGUCCUUCCCCCAAUAUUGGAAGUUCUCUACAUAGACCAUCAUCCAUUCCACAAAUGCAGGUAAGAAUUUAUGCUGAUUUAUUUGUUAGAUCGCAAUAA